CAGCCAGGUCCAAUCGGGUCCGCGGGGGCCCGGAAGCGGUAUUGGGGCGGCUGCGUGCAUUUCCGGUCGUGCCGGCGGCGCCGCUGCCCGGGAAGGUGUGGACGCGGCUGCGUCCCUGACUCCGGGAGGAGGAUGUUCUACCACAUCUCCUUGGAGCACGAGAUCCUGCUGCACCCGCGCUACUUCGGCCCCAACCUGCUCAACACGGUGAAGCAGAAGCUCUUCACCGAGGUGGAGGGCACCUGCACCGGCAAGUAUGGCUUUGUCAUUGCUGUCACCACCAUCGACAAUAUUGGGGCUGGUGUGAUCCAGCCAGGCAGGGGCUUUGUCCUUUACCCAGUUAAGUACAAGGCCAUUGUUUUCCGGCCCUUUAAGGGGGAAGUCGUGGAUGCUGUCGUCACUCAGGUCAACAAGGUUGGACUCUUCACAGAAAUCGGACCCAUGUCCUGCUUCAUCUCCCGACAUUCCAUCCCGUCCGAGAUGGAGUUUGAUCCUAACUCCAACCCACCGUGUUACAAGACAAUGGAUGAGGACAUUGUGAUUCAGCAGGACGAUGAGAUCCGCUUGAAGAUUGUGGGGACCCGUGUGGAUAAGAACGACAUUUUUGCCAUCGGCUCUUUGAUGGAUGAUUACUUGGGGCUUGUGAGCUGAACACCGCGCCUCCUACCUUGUUUGACCCUUAUCUCGGGAGGGUGAUUCUCACACUUCCCAUGUGGUCCAGAGGCCCAGCCUGGCUGCUGUGGGGGAGGCAAGGCAGGCUCCUUGUCCCGGAAGACAUCUGACUCCUUCCGGCUUAGCAGCCACUCCCAGAUUCUGACUGUUCUGACCCUAACCGGUCUUUGGUUCUCAUGGAAGUGUUACCCUCUUUCUUUGGUAAAAACAGCUCUUUUUUUAAAAACUGCA